AACUUAAACCCUAAAUUACGUCUUUUAAAUAAAAGCGACGGCGCUGUAGUCUGUGGUAAACAUUAUGCUAACAGGCCUCGGGGCCUCGGGUUUUCCUGAGUAAAUGGACCAGCGCUACGAAGGAGAAACACUGCACUCACUCUAAACUUGACGUCAACGUAUAUGUGAGCAAAUAUGUGAUGCGUAGCAAAAAAAGGAGUCAGAUAAUUUUAAAGACUUAAUAUGGUUAAAGUUGUGCUUGUUAUUCGAUAUUGUAUUUAUAUCGCGAAUUGUUGUACUACAUAGUUACACUUAGUUUCUGGUUGGGUUUUUUUGGGGGCGAGCUUUUUUUCUUCUUCUUCUAAACAAUAGCUAAUUGUUACUUCAUUUUCAUUUACUACAGGGGGAAAUGUUUAACUUUUUUCCACUGCACAUGCACACGUAAGCUUUUCUGGUGAGUGAGAGGCAGAGAUAGUAUAUGUAUAUAGGAGAGCGCAAGAGCGGGACAUGUCCGGGCAUAUUCUUCUCAGUUCGUUCUAGAACCGCCCAUUAACUGACGUUACGCCUCCUCUUGGAGUUCGCGUGUUUCUACAGUUGCCCUGGAAAAAGUGAAGCGGAUGAGCUGCUUCUGCUGAAAGAUCUCCCCAAGAAAACUGGAAUAAUACAAAUCACAAUGUCAGCAGAAGGGCUACGCACUGACACUCAAGAUGAAGACAAACUGGUGAGACCAAAGUUGGAGUUUCACUCCCUGCUGCAGGAUGCAGGAGCCACCAAAGAUCUGCUCACGAUGAAGGAGGUGAUGUUUUACCUGGGUCAGUAUAUCAUCCAGAAGAAGCUUUAUGAUCAGAGUCAGCAGCACAUCGUCCACUGCGCCCAGGAUGAACUGGGCCGAGUGCUGGGCGUCGACAGCUUCUCUGUGAAAGAACCACGAGUUUUGUUUGCAAUGAUCACAAAAAACCUGGAGACUGUGAGAGAAGAUGUGCCAUCUAGUGUUGGAGAAGGACACAGCCAAAAUCAGACUAACACAGAGGAAGCCGAUUCAGAAAGUCGCUCUUCUUCGCCAGACAGGAGAAGACGGCGGAGGAGGAGGAGAAGGAGACACAGGAGCUGCAGAAGCAGUGAUGCAGGCCCCUCCCACAGUGUCCAGGAGGAGGAAAAUGAAGGAGAAACAGAGGAUGAAGAGGAGGAGGACGAUCGAAGGAAGAGGAGGAGGUCAGACAGCUACUCCUUGACCUUUGAUGAAAGCUUGUCCUGGUGUGUGAUUGGUGGACUGGGGAGAGUGCGGGAUUUACAGAGCAGCCAAUCAUCAGACACGCACAGCACGUCCGCACAGUCAGAGGUUACGAUCCCAGGCCCCGAGUCAGAUUGUGACAACUUCAGUGUGGAGUUUGAAGUGGAGUCCAUCGAUUCAGAUGAUUACAACGAGGAUGAUGCAUCGGUGUCAGCUGAUGAUCAGGUUUAUGAAGUUACCAUCUUUGAGGCCGAUGAUGAAGACGACUCCUUUGAUGAAGACACAGAGAUCACCGAAGCCGAUUACUGGAGGUGUGUAAAGUGCGACGAACUAAAUCCUCCUCUUCCCAGAAACUGUCUGCGCUGCUGGACUCUGAGGCGGGAUUGGCUGCCAGAAGAGUCCAGGGGUUUGGAUAACACCUCCCCUUACUGGCAUAAAGCCCUGCCCACAAAGCCAUCCAGCCAAUCAGCAGCCAAAGAAGCUGCAGAAGCUUAUGACGUGGAGGAACAUGAAGGAAUGGACGUUCCAGAUGGAAAAAGAGCAAAAACUCCUUCAUCACAGCACCUCUCAGACUCCAACCCCUCCUCAGCUCCCUGCUCCCAGGAUCUCCUCUGCUCCUCUCAGCCCUCCUCGUCCUCUUACUCCUCCUCCUUUGACUCCCAGGAGCUGCUCCAGUUGUCGAACACCACGUCGCCUCAGCCUUCAACUCCAGCCUCCAGCACCAGCGUUCCAGAGCUGGAGCGCAGCUCGUCAGCAGAAUGGCGACUCCCGGACUCCUGUCUGGACCCGUGUCUCAUCUGUCAGUCCAGGCCGAAGAACGGCUGCAUCGUCCACGGACGAACGGGUCACCUGAUGUCCUGCUACGUCUGCGCCAGGAAGCUAAAGAAGAGAAACAAGCUGUGCCCGGUCUGCAGGCUGCCCAUUCAGUCUGUGGUCCUCACCUACAUCAGCUGAGCACACUCUCACCUGUUGUACGUUCAGAUCUACCUCAGCUGAGACCCUUCCCCUCCACCACUGUUCUGGUCUGCGUUCUGUCCUCGCCUACCUCAGCUGAAAGGACACCUUUACCCCACGUCUGUUCUCACCAUUAGGUCUCUUCCACUUUAGGCACUUAAUGUCACGCAGGUUUAAGACACAGUUCAAGGCUUUUCACAAGACAAUGUUAUUUUUGUUUUAUUUUAGGGGAACUGAUUAGAAGUUAGAAAAUAAGGUUCGGUGUUUAUCGUCCUUAUCAGCUGAACCUUCUGUUCUGUUGAGUUUGAUCUAAGACUCCACCAUUUAAACCACCAAGUUAAAUCAAUUUUCUGUCACCACGACACAAUCUGGUCAAUAAAUAAAGGGCCAUUAAAAGUUUUCCAUGUUCACAAUUAUUUUUUUACACUUUAAUAAACAACCAAAUAAUUAAGAAAAGUGUAAAUAAUUGAAGGGUAUGUCAACUACUCUGUUAUACAAACCAAAUUUGAUUAAUAUUAAUAUAUUUUUAACUUUUCUCGUUAAUGUGCCAACAACAAACAUAAUUUUUUAUAGUAAACUCUAAACUGAUUAUCCGAUUUAUUGAUUUCUAGAAAUAAUAGUGUGCUUUCAUAUUAAUUUUAAAAAAUAUAUAUUUUUCAGAAAUUGUGACAGAAUUUAAUUUAUAACCUGACGUUUUCAUCACUAAAAAAACAAACUGCAAGAACAACUCCGCAUUUGAUAAUUCUAUUAAUUUUUAAAUUAAAUAAUGGAUUAGUUAAUCACAUUUUUUCUAAUCUCUGAAAUGUUUAUACUCUAUCAGAAAAAAACUAUUUACAAGGAAAUUUUUAUUCCAUUUUACUUCUAAGUCCAUCAGUGAUCUGAGUUCACGGAGACGCAGCACUUCCUGUGUCUGAAAUCGCCAAUUUCCCUCUCUGGACUUUAGUCUGUUCAUCUUCUAUCGGCUAAUGCUUUCUUUGAAAGUUUCUUGGAAAGAAAAUAUGAAGUGUGAGACUCGCAGAUUUAUUUAAAGCAAUAUUGAAAUUUUUAUUUGCCACAUUUCACUGACAUGUUAAAGUUCUAGUGCACUGACUUUUAUAUUGGUUAAUAUUUCCGAGUGCACUGGUGAAUUUUUUUCUGUUGUCGUGUAAUUAUUACAGAAUUAUUCUUUCCAGGAAACUUUGGAACAAUUGAAAUAUUUAUUUGUUUAUUUAAGAUGCUUCUGGAAUGUUAUUUAAACAGAACAUUUUCUAUGAGCUUUAUGAAUAACAAAAGAAUUCUAUUAGGAUCGUAAAUGUCCUGUCCAUAUUUUCUGUGAUUGAAUAAAGUCUGACUUGUUCUAUCACAA